AGGAGAGGAGAGAGAAGGAAACAAGAAGAACCUCUGAACAAGUCUUUGGAGUAUGAACAGACUUACACUCGCGGCUUUCCUCUUGGCACUGGGUUUUCUUGUCUGCGAAGGUGGUAAGUAGGGAACAAGACCCCACACUUCACAUUUUGAUGCUUUCUUUUUGCUCUUGCAUUGAUUUAAAACUAAAUUACUAAAGGCCACAAUUAAUAGUAUUUUAAAAUGAACUGUACUGCUUGGCAUUGGUUCCCUUCUAAUAUUGAUUUUUAUUAGCUUUUGCCAAAAAGAACAAAACACAAUUCAACUAUAUCUUAAUUCACAGAGAUGCAUGAUGUUUUGUAUUAAUGCCCAGGCUUUUUUGGCAGAUUAGUAUCUUAAGUGAACAUUUCAUAUGAUGUUUUACAGGUAACCCAUGUUGCUCAGACCCAUGUCAGAACAGAGGCGUUUGCACAGCGCUUGGAGCAGACAACUACGAGUGUGAUUGUACACGAACAGGAUUUUAUGGACAAAACUGCACAACACGUAAGUGUCAAUAGCACACAUGUGGUGCACUGAAAACCUAAAAGGUCCUGAAUGUCCAAUGAUAAUAAAUCUUCUCUCUUGGUUUUUACAGCUGAGUUCUUCACCUGGAUCAAAAUCACCCUGAAACCAACUCCAAACACCGUCCACUACCUUCUCACCCACUUCAAGGGUUUCUGGAACAUCAUCAACAACAUCUCAUUUCUCCGGAACGCCAUCAUGAGAUACGUGCUGACAUGUAAGCACUCACUAGCUGAAGGCAAAAUGAAAAGAUUGAUGGAAAAUUGCUCAUCAGCACACCAAAUAAUUAGCACUGUAGGUUGUAAAGAAGCUUUUGUGGCUUGUAUACUAAUGUUGAACUCUUUUUUUCUCUUCAGCCCGAUCCCACCUGAUUGAUAGUCCUCCAACUUUCAAUGCGGAUUAUGGGUACAAAAGCUGGGAGGCCUAUUCAAACCUUUCUUACUAUACACGUACCCUCCCCCCUGUACCUGAGGAUUGCCCAACCCCUAUGGGAGUAGUAGGUGAGUGCACUCUCGCUACGUUUGGAGAACCAGUUUUCUCAGAUUCUUGAAUACUGAGCCAGAGUGGCUUGGCCCCAUUACAUCACAGGAAGCGCAUAUAUUGAAAUUACCCCGCUUCGCUAUUGGUAGGGUGGAAAUGUACUUAGGGAACGCAGCGAAACCUGCUUCAGCAAGCCCAAACUUGAGGACUUAAAUCCUCUUUUUUUAUCAGAUUUUACACAAUGUAGCCUUAGGACUUCACAGUGAAAGAAAACCCCUUUAAUAGCUUUCCCUAUCAGGAAAGUAGAUCGUAUCUGCUAACUCUACUGUUUCUGAUUGUUUCCCCAGGCAAAAAGGAGCUCCCCGACGCUAAGGUUCUUGCUGAGAAGCUUCUAGUGAGAAGGAAGUUCAUACCCGAUCCACAGGGAACCAGCCUGAUGUUUGCUUUCUUCGCACAGCAUUUCACCCACCAGUUCUUCAAAUCUGACAUGAAAAAUGGGCCAGCUUUUACCGUCGCUAAAGGCCAUGGGGUAAGCACAGAAAGUCACAAGCUAAAUCUGAUUUAGUCUGGAAAAAGAGACAAUAGAAAUCGAUUUGAAUUGAAAGAGAAUUAGUCGGUGUUUAAGAUGAGUUAAUGUUGUUUUUACUUUCAGGUGGACCUUGGCCACAUUUAUGGAGACAACCUGGAGAGGCAGCACAAGCUCAGACUCUUUCAGGAUGGCAAGCUUAAAUAUCAGGUAUGACAAGUCACAGCUGCUCUCUACUCUAAACAGUCAAAUACUUCAGACCACCCAAGUGUUUAACAGUUUCAUCCCCUCUUGUGUAACUCUGCAGAUCUUAGAUGGAGAAAUGUACCCCCCAACAGUUAAAGAAGUGGGUGCUGAGAUGCACUACCCCCCUCAUGUCCCUGACUCUCACCGCUUUGCCGUGGGCCACGAGGCCUUCGGUCUGGUCCCAGGCCUGAUGAUGUACGCCACCAUCUGGCUGCGGGAACACAACCGGGUGUGUGACGUGUUAAAGGAGGUCCACCCUGACUGGGACGAUGAGAGGCUCUUUCAGACCACACGACUCAUUCUGAUCGGUGAGUUUAUAUAAAAUUCUAAAAGUAAAGCACAUUUAUGUCGGUGAAGCAGAAAAACUAUGAUAAAAAGGUUUGUGAUGCUUUCGAAAUCAAUAAAGAUAACACCGCAGAUAGGAAAAGAGGAAGAAGAAUUUUUUUAUGAUGGCACACUUGCAAACGUACUGCACUCAGUUAAGCAGCAAGCACUACUGUGAUGGUAAUGAUUAACCAAGAGAUACGCAAAGGAGGAAGUGUCGAGGUUUUUGUUUGGGGACUUUCUUCUGUGACUACAAGCUAAAAGAGUAAAAAAGAACUCUCAAAAGUAUUUACCAAUGCCUGGUUUUAUUACAGAGAAGGUUUAGAUUUCCUGAGUCAGAGUUUGUGCUCUUGUGGUUUUAAGUUUCCACAUCACUCUUGUGUAAGUUACAGAUUGAACCUCAGAUGACAAAAAAAUCUAAGUGAAGUAACAUAAAGCAGAAGCUUCAAAGUAGAUCAAGUUUUUUAAACAACCAUAGUACCUGCAUCAUCUCAUAUAAAACCAAUUUUCCCUGCAGGAGAGACCAUCAAGAUUGUGAUUGAGGACUACGUCCAGCACCUGAGCGGCUAUCACUUCAAGCUCAAGUUUGACCCCGAGCUGCUCUUCAAUCAGCGCUUCCAGUACCAGAACCGCAUUUCAUCUGAGUUCAACACCCUGUACCACUGGCACCCGCUGAUGCCCGAUACUUUCCACAUUGAGGAGCAGGAGUACAACUAUAAACAGUUUGUCUUUAACACGUCUGUUGUGACUGAGCACGGCAUCAGCAACCUUGUGGAGUCAUUCACCAAGCAGAUUGCAGGACGGGUAAGGACUGUUUUAGCUCGAGUAUCAACAUUGUGAUCAAGUUUUUAGAACCACUGUUGCUUAUUGAUUUUUUUUCCCUCUUUUUCAAGGUUGCCGGUGGCAGAAAUGUCCCAGGACCUAUCCUGCACGUGGCCAUUAAGUCUAUUGAAAACAGCAGGCAGAUGCACUACCAGUCCCUGAACGCCUACAGGAAGCGUUUCGGCAUGAAGCCCUACAGCUCUUUCGAAGACAUAACAGGUGAGAUAAAGUCACAUACAAAUGCUAAUUGUUGGGGAGAGUGACAUGACGUGGUAAUGAAAGAACUCAUUGUCAAUGUGAAGUGAAAAGAAAUGCUGCCUCAGGCCAAAUUACUGCCAUAUUAUUAGCAGCAUUGUUCCAGGCUCAUCGCAGGAAUUCAUGCAAGCUUAAGAAACACACCCACACACUCCAGAUUAAAGCUUGGUUCAUAGACUACGUAUUAUUAAAAAACUGUUUGGUUUCACUGUUGCGCAUGUUGAAGGUUAGGAAUUUAUUUCCGUGACUCUUGGGAACCAGAUGUUCAUUUCAUCCUAAGAUAGUGUAAGCAGAUUGUCAUCACAGAGAGCACAGACGUAAACAGAGCAGAAGGGCCUCCUGCUUCAGAGGCAAGGAUUUAGAAGAAAAAAGACGUUUCAAUGAUUAAGAUUUAACUAUAAUGUAUGAGGGGAGAAAAUAUCUUUGUGUGAUAAAGGGCUAGAUUAAAAAGAGAUUCUUUUCAGUGACAAUUUGCUGGAGUUGACUCGGUCAAAACAUCUCUCAUAUUUAGUCUAGCAGCCAGAUCUGCUUCAGCUAAGAGAUAACAGAUCAAAACUAAAUCCUGUUUUUUGUUACUCAGGAGAGAAAGAAAUGGCGUCCAUCCUCGAGGAGAUGUACGGACAUGUCGAUGCUGUGGAGCUCUACCCAGGUCUGCUGGUGGAGAAACCCCGGCCCAGUGCAAUCUUUGGGGAGACCAUGGUCGAGAUGGGAGCCCCUUUCUCUCUCAAGGGCUUGAUGGGAAACCCCAUCUGCUCCCCAGAAUACUGGAAACCAAGCACCUUUGGGGGCAGCGUGGGCUUCAACAUCGUAAACACCGCCUCUCUGCAAAAGCUGGUCUGCAACAACGUGCGUGGCCCCUGUCCUGUGGCAUCCUUUCACGUGCCUGAUGUUAAAGAGACGGGGUCUAUGAUCAUCAACUCCAGCACAUCCCACUCAGGCAGUGGCGAUAUCAACCCUACAGUCAUUUUGAAAGAAAGGACUACUGAGCUCUAACUGUUUUCUUUAUUUCAUUAGGGAAUUUUUUCUA